AUGACUCCGAGUCGGACUGGCAAACGCGCGGCACUACCGAUUGAUGAACUGCCCUCGAAGCGCAUAAGGAAUGACUCGAAUGGGACGUGCCAUGCGCCAUCCCCACUUGAGGAUGCAGGGACGUGGUCUUUCCUAGAGCGAUACCUCAAAGAAGCCAAACUUGCGGUAUUCUCUGGUGACGGCGACGACUACGAAGCUAUGAAUAAUUUGAUGGCCUUAAAAAGAAGGUACAUACCCGAGCCCUCCGUAUCGAGUUCGACGCUCGUAGCUACAUUUGCAUCGAAGCGCAAACAAGUGAAACAUUGUAUUUUCAUCGACAGGGAAGCAGGAGAGGGUGACGAUGAUGAGGAGGAAGAAGAAGAAGAAGAAGAAGAGGGGGAUGAGUAUGACCUCCCUCCGCGUCCACGAAAAGUCACAACCUUGCCGGGACAGUCAGCUAAACAUACGUUGUCUAAGAAGAUCGAUGAGAUCUUCAAUGCAUACGACGCUCAAGCUUGCGCUUCCAAGCCACCAGGAAGGCUCGGACGCAUUCCUUACAGAGCUGCCUGGUCCUCCGACACGAUUGACAACAGGAUGUAUUUGCUUAACGUUCACAGAACUGUCACGGACUACGUCGCAGAACACCUUCGAAGUAAAAAAUUCUCCGUUAUCGUGUCCCCCUGGGUACCGGGACAACUUUACGUAGUCUCAGAGAGUCCCCGGGCCAUCGCAUCAUCACUCCCGAUAUCACACAAACUUUCCGUGAAAGAUUAUUUUCGGAUCUCGGACGAAGAACGUGCGAUAGUCGAACCCAACUGUCCAGUCCAGGAUUUGAAGUCGGCAAACGAGUUGCCGUCUGGUCACCCUCUUGUCUGGGUCUUAGUUGCUUUACGGGACUUUCCCUAUCCUAUGCCUAAGGGGUCUGUGGCAUUGCUGGACCGAUCUCGCCUUCCGGCUGGCAAUGCAGUAUCUGAUAUCAUUCGUGAUGGGGAAGUUGUGGGAUGUUCGUAUAAAGGAGAAGAGUAUUACAAGGGGCUGUUACUAAAGAGUUUUCACCACGAUCUCUUAAAUGUUGUCAACACCCCUCAUCCUGACGAAAUUCGACUGCAUAUUGACUCUGGAUGGGACAGGCCCUCCAUGAAGAUCGCUGAGCGGGCGUUUUCGCUGGAGUUCCUGCGCAUGGGCGAUUCAGCCAGGGUCAUCAUCGGGGAAUUUGGCGCAGAGAUCAGUGAAGUAGUCUCGACAGACCAUACAUUUGGUUCUGUCCGUUUGGAAUACAGCAUCGAGGGAGACAAAAUACAAUCAGAAGUUCGACUCCAGGACGUCGAGCGCGUGUUUUGGGUUGGCGAUACUGUCAGAGUUGUAGCGGGUAUAUACUUAGGUUUAGAAGGUCACAUUGUUCAAAUGACAGACGACAUAUUUCACAUUUGUCAAACCUCUACGAAGGAAGAGGUCAAAGUUUCAAAGUACCAUUUGGAUCGUCGCUCUUUGAAGCACACAUUACAAGCACAGCUGCCAACUCAGCAAUUUUUUGAGCCUCCCCCCGACCCCGAUGAUAUUCAAAUCGGGGAUGUUAUACAAGUCCUUUUGGAGAGCAUAUAG